CCUGUCGAUGUGCUGCAAAUCAUAGUAAAUUAAUUAAAACAGAAUAAAAAUCGUCGCAGGGCGCUAAAAUGGACCGAAGUAUACGACGCUGAAGUUUGCAACGUUGGAGUCCAAUGAAACGAACGAAAAAAACAUUUCGUCAUCCGAAGUAUACUGCAUAGUGGAGAGUAAUUAUACGUUCGGGAAUGUGAAGCUGUGUAGAAACUUUUCUAAAUGAGAAAAAUGCUUACGGGGCAGAAAAAAUGUGAAUAACUAGGACAAGUGAGUUAAUUGACUGAGGGGGUCGCGCCGUGUGGCAGCCUGAUUUUUUGGGGUUUUUUCGCGACUUUUUUGCGGCGAGGAGAAAAGCAUGGACUUUUGAAACUUGAAGGGAUUAUUUAUUGGUAUAUUUCAACUCUGAGGCAGAAUUUCCUAACUCUCAUAUCUUGGUUUAUUCGAGAUGAAAAACCGAAGAGCGUUUUGAUUUGUAGAGCAGUGGUUAUCGGCUGAAGUAAAAUCAUACAGAAAUAUGAAAAAUUUGAAGGACGUUUGACGCUCAUUUAAAUGAAAAUUUGUCGCGAGUUUUCCGUGCAUAAAUUAUUGCAAAUUACGCCGUUUUGGAGGUUCGUCGUCGAUUUCCGUGGAACGUGGAUAAAAACAUUUGUGGAUAUCACUAAAAAUAGUUGAUCGAUCGAAUUCUGUGGGGAAUUUAUUUCGCGUGCUGCCGUUUAUAUAAACGACGGUGGGGGGAGGCCUCGUUAACCGGAAGUGCAACAAUGGAUUUCAUUCGUUAAUCUUCGAACUAAUCUUCGUUCUAAUCCCAUAAGACGACAUUCGUUUGCCGACGAUUGGCGUUCUCGCACUUCAAGCCGCUCAAGUUCGUCUUGCGUUUUGCGGGUGUGCCUUCGGCUAUGUAAUUAUAAUUACUAAUAAUAAGAUUAAGGUCAAUUGGCCGCGUGGCGGGGAGAGAGCGGGACGAAAUACGCCGAUCAGCCGUCGUUCCUUUUCAUUAGAUGGGGAUUAAGCCACGUCGAAUAAAUAGGGUGAACAGAGUGCAACGAGAAUCGUACCAAGAUUCGUCGCGUGCCACUGUCAACUUGCGAUCUCUCAUGCAAAGUGCUUUUGUGCUAAAAGGAAUGGUCCAAUGACCCCGAAUUCGCCGCGCGAUCACUCCCGCGACGUGGGAAACAAGCGAAAAGUCAAGAGAAAUCACGAUACGAACAAUGAAAAAUCUCCGUCUGAAAUUUGAGGUUAUCUUAUCGACACAAACGACAAAAAUUGUAAUUGUGAGUUUUUCACAAAACGUCAAAAUGUAGGGACAGAAACGAAGGAACGAAAUCCGUCGAGAUGCGUAGACAAAACGUGACGAACUGUUGCUAUACGUUCGAUCGAAAUGUGCGUCGUGAAAAUUCGAGAGGACUGUGAAAAAGCGUGUAAAAUGUGAGGACGAGUCAUCAUCGAACGAGUUUAACUGCAGUUUGUCCUCGUGCGGAUGGGUUUUUUAAUGUGAUUUUUUGUUGAUCGUGUGACGAACACUGGCGCGAAGCGAGGACAAGAAAAGCGAGGGAAACGGGCGCCUCCGCGCGGGAGUCUCUCGACGUGUGUUAUCUGACCACAAUAGCGCUAAAGAUAUGAACGUUUCGUGGCUGAACUUCAGCCAGUCGGCACACACUACAGAGAUUAUAAAUAUACAAAACGUUACCAGAGAACUGGAAGUCGCGCCGACGCUCUCUCGACUUAAUGUCUGUACAGCACGUGCAUAUUUCUAUAUGUAUAUAAAUACGAUGUAGAGAGGCUGACGAGAAUAUAAUCAAGUGGAAAAAACAAACGAGAAUCGCGUCUCUUCUCAUCAGUCGGCGUCGCCGUAACUGAACACGAUCGAACGCACAUAACCAACACUUACGUUUACGCAUCGUCAUCUCAUAAAAACGCGCACGAUUCGUGAACUUUUCGUAUCUGUAUUUAUAUAUUUAUAUAUGUGGUCCUCUUGAGAUUAGAAGUUGACGGGUCGAUAGACGCGUCGUCAUCAUGGCUACAACGAUGGACGCUCUGCUCGAAAAGCCCGAGGAAGCUUCGAACGUUGAAGACUUCGAAAUGGAAAGAAACCGGAAUCGAACUCAGUGGAAGCAAUGGCUAGCAUCAAUUUCAGCGACGCUGUCGAUGAUAGCGGCCGGCACGGUGUACGGUUGGACGACGACGAUACUGUCUCGUCUACUGAAAGGGCAGGACGUACCGAUGAGAAUAACGAGCGACGAGAGUUCGUGGAUCGUAUCGCUGACGGUGAUCGGAUCGAUGGUCGGACCGUUUCUGGGAGCCUGGUUGGCAACGAGACACGGGAGAAAGUUCAGUCUGAUGUUCAGCAGUAUUUUCUACAUAGUCGGCUGGGUGAUCGUGCUGGUCGCAGGGAGCGUCGGAGCGCUGUACGCUUCGAGGGUGGUUUUGGGGAUCGGCGUCGGAAUGUCUUACACGACGAAUCCGAUGUACGUGUCGGAAGUGGCGGACACGAAUAUAAGGGGCGCGCUCGGGACGUUGAUAGCGGUGAACGUCUUCACCGGCUCGUUAUUGGCCUGCAGCGUUGGUCCCUGGGUCUCGUACACUGCGCUGGGCCUCGUGAUGCUCUCCGUCCCAAUAAUAUUUCUCUCGACCUUCGCGUGGUUUCCGGAGAGCCCUUAUUAUUUGGCGUCCAAGGGAUUGAACGAGGAAGCGACGAAGGCGCUCAUUUUUUUCAAGGGCAUUAAGGAGCCCGGAGAGGCGAAGCGCGAGCUGGAGAACGUUUUGAAAAACGUGGACGAGAAUCGCGAGGACUCGAAAGACCGAGGGCUCAAGCUCCGGCGGUUGCUGUCGUCGAACAACAGGCGAGCGUUUUUCAUCGUCUUUGGACUGAUCGUGGCUCAACAAUUGAGCGGAAGCUUCAGCACGAUGCAGUACCUGGAGACGCUCUUCAGCAAAACGAACAUCGGCAUCGACUCGAAUAUCGCGACGAUAAUCGUCCUCGCGGUUGGUCUCGUCUCCGGCGCCCUGUCGACCGGCCUGGUCGAAGGGGCCGGCCGGAGGCCGCUGUUGAUCGUCUCGACUCUCGGCUCGGGCCUGACUCUGGGCGUCUUGGCGGUUUACCUUCUUCUGGAUUUUCAAAAUGUCCAAUUAUCCGCGAUCAACAUUUUGCCUGUUAUCGACGUAAUCCUCUUCCAAGUCGCGUAUCAAGUGGGCUUGGGCACCCUGCCAAAUGCGUUGAUCGGCGAGCUCUUCCCAACGAGCGCUAAGCACGUCGCUGGUGCCGCGAUCACCAUUUCCGACGGCAUACUCGGCUUCGCCGUCUCCAAAUUGUACCAGGUCAUCGGCGACCUUGUGGGCAAUCUGCACAUCGUUUACUUCGUUUUUUCGGCCUCGUGCUUCGCCGCUUUUUUAUUCGUUUUUCUCUUCGUACCUGAAACGAAAAACAAAAGUUUUGCCGAUAUCAGAAACGAACUGUCCAGCGAAAAAUUCAGGUGCCGCGAACAACGGAGACGCUCCGGAGUACACGUCGCUUGAAUAUCACUUGCAUUAGUUGUACGAACGUUCUGCCGAACGAUAAGAGACUGAUCCGUCGAGCCGAGCAUCGGGAACGCAGCGCGAAUCACUCAUUUUUUCGAAUAAUCAUCCGGUUGCUUGCCGAGGAUUUUUCAAUAUUUUCGUCAUUCGCGAGUCUCCUCGAAUUACGUUUAAUUCGAUAAAUUCGUAAUGACGAAGCGUUUCUUCCCCUACAAAUACUCCGUAAAUCCAGCCCAAAGUGGCACUAAAAUUCUAGCUCAAAUUUAUCGUAACGAUACACUAAAAGUCGUUAAUAUUUUUGCUUACAUAAUCUAACGCGGAUGGGGAGUUCAACUCUCGGAUGUUAGCCUUUGUACAGGCGUCGUGUCCGGCGACGUAGAUUAUAAAAUUUAUACGCGUUGCCGCUUUUUUAUAAAAUAUUGUAGCUCCUGUUGCACGAGUAAAUAAAUACGACUCUGUAUAUGAA